AUGGAUGCUUUUUUCAAGAGUUUUAAUCGUUCGGUGUUCGGAGAUAUUAACUCUGAUUCACCAGAGGAGCAAAAUCCCGCUGAUCUAGUCUUGGGCCGCUCGAGAAGAGAAAACCCUUACGAGCAGAAUGGGGGCACUGUGAUGGCACUGACUGGUCCUGACUUCGUUUUGCUUGCUGCAGACACUCGAUUGAGUUGCGAAAGCCACGUCCUGUCGCGGAGGCAGAGCAAACUAUUCAAGAUGACGCCGACCGCGGUGGUGGGAUCCACGGGAUGCUGGUGCGACGUCCUCGCGUUGACCAGUAUGUUGAGGAUGCAUGUCCAGUCGUACGAGAUGGAGCACAGGCAGACCAUCUCGACCGAAGCCCUGGCCCACCUGAUAUCCGUGUCGAUGUACAAUCGGCGCUUCUUUCCCUACUUCACGUACACCCUCCUCGCUGGCUUGGACAGUAAGGGCAAGCCGACCGUCUACUAUUACGAUCCCGUUGGGCACUAUGAGUGCGUCCGUUAUCGUGCGGUUGGCACCUCGUUGGCUAUUCUGCAGCCCUGCUUGGACCAGUUCUACGGCUGGGAGAACUGCCGACUCUCGCUUCCACUAAAGAAUGAUAACCUGACCAUGACAGAAGCCUUGGAUAUGGCACGUAAGUGCUUGCGCAUUGGUGCCGAUCGGGAUACUUUUACGGGCGAUAAGGGCGAGCUCCUGAGCAUCACCAGCCAGGGCAUGAAGUACAGCACCAUGGACCUGCGCGGUGAUUAA